AUGGCUACGGAGCAUAACCCCGACCACGUCAUGACGGAGGGUCAGAUCCCUGUCGGUGACGACACCCUUGAUGAGCUAGGGGAAGAAUUCCUCGAGGAUCUCUCUGACGUCGCUCUGCCUGUGCUCAAUGAUGAGGUCGCGCACUCCGCUCCUGCUGGUACUCACUCGACCCAGUCGGGCGAACCGGCGGCGAAAAAGCUGUGUGGUGAGGGGCAGUCCUCGGCUGCUGGCCCCUCUGGGGUCGCUUCUGCGUCAACCUCGGCUCCACCGUCGAUCCCCCGUGCGAGCUCUUCCGGUAGCUCCGACGCCACAGCUCCUGCGCUUGGACGCGCGAUUGCUCCUUCCGCGCCUCGUCCGGCGCCUGCUUCUCGCUCUCGGCCCGUGCAGCCGGAACCUGAACCCGAGCACGCCGCGGCUGGUGCGGCCUCUGGCCUUGCUCCUAAUGUUCGCUUUCAGAACCUGCGUCGCCACCGUACGAUGGUCGGAACAACCCUGCACACGCUGACGCGGAACACGCAGUCACUGGUGGACGUGAUCUUCCCUGAAUCUUCCGCUGAGGAGGUUCGUGCUGCGGUGCUUGCGCGCAAUUCCCUCCCUUGGCUUUCGGAUAUCCGCCUGUUUCAUCGUCUCAAAGACCCGUACGACGACUCUGCAUACUCCCAGCUGCUCGCCCUGCCUGUGGCAGCAGAAGGCGAUGUCGGCUUCGAGCGCAUCCCCGCGGUUCUCUGGCUCCCUGGCCAGGAGGACCCGGUGCUCCUCAAUAUCUCGUCCCACUCCUGCUCCGUGUGUUCCAGACGGCUGAUAGGACAGCAGCCUGCCCCUGCAGCUUUCAAGAAGGAUCCAGGCCUUUUUCUCAUCGGAGUGGACCUCGACGUCGAGGUCUGGACGUGCUCUCUGUGCGACUUCACCUGCGGCUUGGCGUUGGACAGUGCUAUGUACCACAUCGCCUCAGAGACUCACCGCAAGCGCCUGCAGGAAUCGGCGCACCUUCCUGCUGUGAAAGAGAAAUAUGGAGCCUGGAGGGUCUCCACGCUACUGCAGCACCAGAAUAUCAGUGCAUUCCUGCAGUAG